AUGUCCGCAUUGACAAGUUUUUUGAAAUUCUUUACGAGACAGACUGUCAAGACUCCACGAGCUGCACUGAGCUACAUUAGCGGGAACCUCACGAGGAGUUACUCCGACAAGCAAGAUGUUACCUCCAAGCACGUAGUGGUGCGAUCCCAGGUGCAGGGGAGCGAGAAUGAUGAUCGCAUGCGUGUAAGACGCGCGCGCGUCGCUGACGUGCCGCGCGUGCUACGGUUCGUGCGCGAGCACGCUAAGACCGCCUGGCCAGGCCUCAUCUCCUCACCACCAUCAGCCUCACAGCUUGUGCUACACGACUAUGUAGCACGGGCACUGGCACAAGGUCACUCAAUGUUGGCUGAACAGCAAGAAUCGAGACGAGGAUGGUCUCAAAUCCGAGGGCUGGCUCUCGGUAUGUCGGUGUGUCCUUGGGACGCCAUGCUGCUGGACCGGUGGUCUCGUUGCGUUAGGUGCACGCGUUCGCGGAGGCUAAUGCAAUUCACCGCUCAUUGUUUACGUGCACCAGCCCUACACGACAAGUAUAGAGUGCAUAAUAUUCUGCAGAUAAUCCUGAUAGUGCCCCAUGAUAGUCCGAAAAACACAGAAAUUGUUCACCUGCUGGUCAAAAAUGCAAUACAAAGAGGGCACGAUGUCGGCUUUCCAGUGUUGCGGUUCGAUGUUGCUGACGACAACAUUGCAACAGCUUUGGAGGAAAUGAAACUGAAAAAGGAAUGGCAGCUGACGUACGAUGUUUUACCCAACGCGCUAAAUGAACAACCUAUCACGGAAACUGCAGCAAGCUCAAUGGAAACAAAUACGACGAUGGUGUUAAAAUUAGCUACUAUUGCCUUGGGCCUCCUCCAGCUGGCUAUAGGCCUGCCUACAGACUCUGCCAACACUUUGGAAGACCUUCUAAUGGUUGACGACACCAUAUCAGUUGGCUCAUAUGUGAGAGAAACCAGAGCUGCUGCACCGGAUGACUGGCACAAAUCAGUGCAAAACGAAGGUGAUGGUGAGAUUGGCUAUUCCCGUAAAAAGUCAGGAGGUGGUAAGAAAGGCUACCAACACUUCGACUCCUACCAUAAAAAAGCUGGAGACAACUAUGAAUUCGAGAAGCAGGAUUCUUAUGGCCAGGACGAGAAAGGGCAAGAUGGAGCCUACAGCAACAACUAUGAGACCUUAGCUGAAACAGAGCCUGAUCAUUCGGAGUACGAAGAAGAAGAGCAAGAGAGACCAAGAAAGAAGAAGCAGAAACAGCGCAAAGAUAUCACACAUUCUGAACUAAGAGAGGGAGCUGACGAUGGUAACGGUGGAAUUGAAGCCUUUGGCCACGAUCCCAGAGACUACGUUCUACCCGAAAAAUACACUUGGGGUGAUGAAGAUUCAGAAUGAUUAACUUACAGUUUUUAGUUAUUUUUACUAGACUGAUAGAUUGUAGAACUUGAUAAAAUUAAUAAUGUUCAAACCUGGCAAAAACGCCAUCUGUUAACGGGUAUAAGAACAUUAGAGGCGUUUCGUCAUACAGAUUUGCGUUAG